AUGACCCUAACAAAGCAGGCACGUCUUCGCAACCCGGACGACUUCCCGACCCUUCAACUCUUUCUCCUCGCCAUUGUUCGCCUUGCCGAACCAAUCGCUCUCACUUCCAUCUUCCCCUAUGCCUGGGCUCUAGUCAAGAGAUUCAAGAUCGGAAACGAACAAGAUGCAUCCUUCUACUCGGGUGUCCUCAUCUCCUCCUUCUCCCUCGCCGAAGCCCUCAUGGGCAUGUAUUGGGGCGGUUUAUCUGACCGUAUCGGCCGCAAACCAGUCCUGAUGCUCGGCUGUGUGGGGACCAUGCUCAGCAUGAUCAUGGUAGGAUUCGCCUCCAACAUCUGGAUCGCGUUGGUUGGACGCGCGAUAGGGGGCCUCCUCAACGGCAACAUUGGCGUCAUUCAAACCAUGGUCGGUGAGCUCGUCACGAAACCCGAGCAUGAACCGCGCGCCUUCUCCGUCAUGCCCUUCGUGUGGAGCAUUGGAACCAUCAUUGGCCCUUGCAUUGGCGGAACCUUUGCCGACCCUUACGAGUCCUGGCCCAAUGCUUUCCCCAAGGGUUCUCUAUUCGAGCGAUACCCCUAUCUGCUACCCAAUCUGCUUUGCGCUGCUCUCCUGUUUUUGAGCAUCAUCAUGGGCUUUUUUCUUCUGGAAGAAACCCACCCAGACAUGCAGCCUCGAAUCCUCCUUCCAGCAGACACCUACGUCUCAGAAGAGACUCCGCUGUUGGAGACUUCAGACGCCAUAAAGCGACCGGCAGUCGAUUUGCGUGCCGAGACCUACGGAACCAUUCGAGGCGGCAGCAGCAGCGGGGAGUGUCCAGAGAACAACUCGAACGACAUGGCUAUGGAAAAGAAGAUGCCCACGACCAUUUGGAACAAGCGCAUCGUCGGCUUCAUUGUCUCUUUGUGCAUCUUCACCUACCACUCAAUGACCUACGACCACCUCAUGCCAAUCUUCUUUGAAGACGAGCGAGUUUCGGUAAAUACCUUCUCCAAGUUUGGUGCCCUUUCACCCUUCUAUUCUCCCGGAGGCUUGGGCCUUUCCCUUCGAGAUGUGGGGAUGAUCAUGGCUAUCAACGGAGCUAUAGCUCUGUUUGUCCAAGCCGUCAUCUUCCCCCUGGCAGCCGAGAAGUUUGGUGUAUACCGACUUUUCCUCAUUGUCACAGUCUUACACCCCAUCAUUUACGCUAUUGUCCCCCUUCUACUUUUCGUCCCCGAGUCCCUUCUUUACCCCUCCAUCUACGCGUGCCUUGCUGUACGCAACAUACUUUCCAUCACCCUUUAUCCCCUUCUCCUUAUCCUGAUCAAAGGAGCCACCCCUUCUGCGAGUGCCCUGGGCAAAGUCAACGGCUUGGCCGCCAGCGCUGGCGCUGCCUGCCGCAUGGUUGCGCCACCAGUCGCAGGCUAUCUCUACACACUGGGUAGCCAGGUAGACUGCACCGCCUUGCCAUGGUAUUGCAGCUCCCUGGUUGCCAUUUUCGGUGCUGUUCAGUGCUUCUCCGUUCCCCGAGAUCGUAGUUGUCAACGAUCUAAAGAAGACACUGAGGAACAAAACCACAACGUCACUCCCACUGAAGUUUCAGUUGAGGAUGUGGAGUGA